AUAUCUCAGAAGAAGGAUUUGUGUUGCUUCUCUUUCCCUCUCUUGGGACCCAAUAAUCUGACAUUUGAGAAGGAAGGGACAAAAGAGAGGUGGCCACCAUAUCCAUAUUUUCUCUCAUUUACUUCUUUCACCCCCUACAACUCCAUGUUCUACAAGAAAACUCUUUGUUCUUCCUCAAGUUACUGCAUUUAAUGCACAUUUAUUUCCUUGUUACUACAAAUACUCGUGCUACCCUCCUACAUUCUCCUUAUCCCAAAACAAACACAAUUUCAGGCUACAUCUCAUGUCAACUGCAUAUCUAGUUCUUCUUUUCUUUCUGUGCAUUUCAUUGCAUGCAUGUUGUGCUAGGCAUCUCAGUCCUCUGAAUAAGAAGCUGGAAGAGAAAUCCCGCUUCUCUAUCAAGAGUGAUGAGAAAAAUGGAUUUGAAUCCUCUCCAAAGCAGCUUAAUGAAGGUAAUAAUAACAAGACGGAGACUCGGUUGGUUGGUGAUUCUGAGAAGCCAAGAAACCGAAGAAGCUAUAACCAUAGGGUGCACAAAGCUGCUAUUGGAAAAGCUUCAGGUGCUUUAAAAAAGUCUCUUGUUACAGUUUCUUGGCAUGUGCCUCACAAUAAUAAGAAACCCCGUCAGAAACACCCUGGUUUUGACUUGGAUUACUCACCACCAAAGACACACCCUCCUCAUCACAACUAAGCAACAAUAAAGUGUCUAUAAGCCCUCAAUAUUGAAGAGAUCAAUGAAGGCUGGGCCUCUCAUUUUAGUUUGAAAUGUUUAGUUUAACAUAUAUAUAUGACUACAAGAACCUGAUAACUGCUAUAUAUGACUUUAAGCAAUAUUAAGUGUUCCUUCUUUUUUUUUUUUUUAUCUCCUCUGAUUUUAUAUAUAUGUAAAAUGUACAUCAGACAUGUUCCAGCAGGAACAUGCAUAUAUAUCUCCUGUGUCAGGUAUAUAUAGAUAUUUAUAG